AUGUCCCAGCAAAAUGGGGUUUUUCCAUCCCUCGCUUCUAUAGAAGCCGCGCCACCAACCCACGGAUCUGAGACCAGGAGCACUACUGGCUCUCUGUCAUAUUCGCAUCCGUCAACCUCAUACAACUCGCCUACCAGGCCGCAUGGAUCCACUUCCAACCGGUCUGGUACAAUAUCUACUAGGGUUCAUAUCCCAAAGCUUUCGGCAGCUACGACGGAGCUCCUUGCGCGGAUCGCGGGUAAUAUCAAAGGAACGCAGCAAAAAGUGCGGAGAGAUGACCAAACACCAAUCAGCUUGAACCCUUCGCCUUUGAGCUUAAAUCAAAAUACUCAAAACAGCAAAUUCAGGCGUGCAGGCAGGAUGAGGUUUUCUUCCAUUAUCAUCGAGCUUCCAGAGCCACCCUUCGUAUACCCAUCCAGGGUAGAGGCGCCUGCUGUUGCCCCAAGUCCUGCUCCUGAGUCUCAGCCGCCCUCCAACGGCAUCAAUGGAGCAUUAUCUGAACCUGAUGGCUUGGUUAAUAUCGCUUCUAAGCCAUCAGUACCCUCUCCAACCUCAACAGCCGCACCAGCUGUCCCACAAGUGCCAGAACAGACACAGCUACCGUCAAACCAAUUACGAUCUUCCAACGACCUCAAUGGAUCUCUUAUAAAGGCUGAUAACUCGACAAAUGCUGUUCUCAGACCAUCGGUGCCGCAUUCAGCAUCAUUACCAGGGCAAGUGAGAUCGGAAGAGCCAGCUCAUACGCAACCACCGUCAGAAAAUCAAUCACUAUCGUCUAGCGUCAUCGACGGGGCUCUAGCAAAGCACAGCUCGGCCCAUAAUGAUCCUAGUCCAGCGGUGUUAUAUCCAACACAAACACCAUUACCAGUUGGGCCAUCGACCCAUACACUAUUACCAUCGCAUCGCACAUCAUCUGACAACGUUCAUGAUUCUUCAGCGAAAACCGAUGACUUAGUUAAUAUCGCUCCGGGGCCGCUUGUGGCAGAUCUAAGUCCAGCGCCAGCGCCUGUCCCAAAAGUAUUAGUCGGUAUACAACCGUCGUCAGGGCACCAGCCGCCUCGACCAUCAGCACCAUCAGCACCAUUGGCACGAGUUCCCACGAUAUUGAAGGUCCCUAGUUCAUAUUUACUCAGACUCUCGACAACGGCGCCUAGCAAAGCCACAUUUACAGCUAGUCAACGGCGAGGCUCUGGGAUCAGAAAAAGUGGAUCGAACAAGCGCAAACGUGGCCAUGACAGUGACGGUGAAGAUAUCAUCCGAGCCGUCGACUCUAGCUCAGACGAGUCAGAUAUCGCACCGACGGCAACGCAAACAACAUCUGGUAGGCAAGUGAAAAGACCUUCGUUAUAUGUGCCUUCACCUCUCACCCCAGCUCUUCCCAGAGAAAGCAGUAGCCUUGUUGGGACUUCCGACAGAGCCAAAGGGCUCCAUCCAGCAACACUAUCGUGUACUGCGAUGGGUGCAAUCGCCCAUGGCAUCAGCACUGUCAUGACCCGCCCAUCGAGAAUGAGGUAA